GUGGAAAAAGCCAGUGCGGUCUGUGACGCCACAGUGAAAAUGACCACAUCCUCCACGCGUUCCUGCUGCCAGGGGCUAAAAAGCAAGCGUCCUGUCUGUGUGAACGCCUGAGCAGCGCCGGAUGGAUCGUCCCCACCACAGCUGACAUUUUCACUCCCUGUAUUUGACGUCGCGGUUCGUGUCGGAGCCACGGGAAUUGAAUUGUUGACAGGAAUUGACGUCAAGCCUGAUUUUCUGUCCCUAACAGUGGCACCCGCCCGCUGCACUCCUGAGGACCCUGCUGCUCUCUCCAGACUCACAUUUCUCCCUCCCCACAUCUAUCUCAGCUCCCAAGUUACCCGUGAGCAUUACUCAGCAGGCUGGGAGCCUCAGGGCAGACCGACUGAAACAGCCUCUUUACUCACCGGCUAUCAUUACGCACCUCUGUAGGAAAAGAUCGACGUCCUGCGUCCACUGAAGAAGACAUGCUCAUCUGCUGCCCUCAUGGCCGUGCCGCUACAUCCACCAGCCUCUUUCACUUUGACUUGGCGUUCCUGCUGGCUCUAGCUGUGCUGCUCUGCCAGGUGACGGGUCAGGUGGAGAGUCAGACGCAGUCACCUGCCCAGGUGCUACAGGACUUUCUGUCCCGCUAUGGGGACAACAGCACCAUCACGGUCCCUCAGCUGCGAUCUCUGUUAGCAGCCCUCAGCCAGGGCCAGAGUGAAAGCGACAGCACAGCUGAAACACCAACAACCACACCUCCCCAGUUCAACAGCUCCAAGUGCUUGCCUGCAGACACACUGGCCAUUUACAGCAUGAGCGAGGAGUCGCGGCUGGAUGGCCGGGGUUUUCAGGAGCUGUGCCCCACCAUGCUGCAGCAGCUGGAUGCUGGCAGCUGCAGGGCACAUAAAGGGGAGGAGCAAAGCAGCGACACCUACCCCAGGCCCUCAGACGCUGAAGUUUGGGGCUAUGGGAUCCUAUGCGUGACACUGAUCUCUCUGUGCUCGCUGGUCGGGGCGUGCGUCGUGCCCUUCAUGAAGAAAACCUUUUACAAGCGACUGCUGCUCUACUUCAUAGCCCUGGCCAUUGGCACUCUCUACUCCAACGCCCUGUUUCAGCUCAUCCCAGAGGCCUUUGGAUUUGACCCAAUGGUCGAUUUCUACGUGUCCAAGUCCGCCGUGGUGUUCGGAGGCUUUUACCUCUUCUUCUUCACUGAAAAAGUUCUCAAAGUGCUCCUAAAGCAAAAAAACGGGAGCCACGGCCACAGCCACUACCCCGGUGCAGAUCAUUACUCAACCCCUGACAGGGAUUUGGAGGAGGGGGAGAAGGAGAAGCUGCAGCAGAACGGAGAAGCCAGCAGCCUGGCUCUGGGCAAAGUGGACGCAGGGGAGGGCGAGCUCAUGCUCAGCCCUGCACAGACUCCACAGGACUCUCAGAGUCCAGACAGCGGUGGCCGGUCAGGCACCAGUGGUGGCGGCUGCUAUUGGCUGAAGGGGACGACCUACUCUGAUAUCGGCACGCUGGCCUGGAUGAUCACACUGAGCGACGGCCUGCACAACUUUAUUGACGGCUUGGCCAUCGGGGCCUCGUUCACCGCCUCUGUUUUCCAGGGCAUCAGCACCUCUGUGGCGAUCCUGUGCGAGGAGUUCCCCCAUGAGCUGGGAGACUUUGUGAUCCUGCUGAACGCCGGCAUGAGCAUACAGCAGGCUCUCUUCUUUAACUUCCUGUCGGCCUGCUGCUGCUACCUGGGCAUGGGCUUUGGCAUCCUGGCCGGUAACAGCUUCUCUCCCAACUGGAUCUUCGCCCUGGCAGGAGGAAUGUUCCUCUACAUCGCUCUGGCAGACAUGUUUCCAGAGAUGAACGAGGUGAGUCGUGAGGAAGAGGAUGCAGGCGGCAGCAGCUUCCUCCUCACCUUUGGCAUCCAGAACGCCGGCCUGCUGACGGGCUUCUCCAUCAUGCUCCUCCUGACGACGUACUCUGGACAGAUACAGCUGGGCUAGCAGCAGACUCCUCCAGGAUCACCAUCAGCUGCUGUUGGAGCCCAAACAAAGAGAGGCUGGCUCAAAGUUUCUCCUCUAUUUUUUUUUUCCUCCUGUUCUCAUUUUUCGGGUUCUGGACUUUGGGGAUUUUGGUUGUGCGGCAGGUACGCCCAAUCGUCUUUUGAAGUUAUACGAGAAGCUGCUUUAGUGCAGUUCCUGCAUGCAGAGGGUUCAAGGUCGAGGGUUUGACGGCCCUGUCUCCUCAGCGUUUCAAUCCUUUCUGCACAGCUGCCCUAAAAACGUCCUGAAACAUCAACUGAAGCAGUCGCAAAAGACGGCUAUACUUGAUGUGCAAUACUCACCCAGUCUCUCAGAUGUUUCCCUUUUCGUCAGACUGCUCUCCAGGCGUCUUUCCUCAACCUUCAUCCUCAUCAUCCAUCCUGGUUGAUGCCAUUGAGCCUCCACUCAGGCCAGUUGAGAUUCCUAGCGAGUGUUUAUAUCAUGAAUCCUCUGUGAAAAGCACAAUCAGGUAACAGCAGCUGUACUCCAAACAUCUCUGAUUCCCAGGCACUACAA